AUGGCGACUGCGGCGACUCAGAAGAAGACAGUCUUGAUCACAGGCUGCAGCACGGGAAGUAUCGGCUGGGCAUUGACAAAGGUCUUCCUUGAGCAUGAUUUUCACGUCUUUGCGGGGGUACGCGAUCGCUCCAAAGCAAAGGACCUGGCCGAGCUUAGCAACGUGGACCUCGUCGAGCUUGAUGUGACGGUGUCCGAAACUAUCUUGAAGUGCAAACAGCUAGUUGCGGAACGUACUGAUAGGAAGCUGGAUGUCCUUAUCAACUGUGCCGGAGUCGAGGGGGUCCGUCCUCUCCUGGACAUGGACAUGGAAUGGGCAAAGCAGGUGUAUGAAGUGAAUGUCUGGGGCCCUCUUGCUGUCACCCAGGCUUUUGCCCCUCUCGUCAUCAAGUCAAAGGGUAUUAUUGCCAACUUGAGCUCCAUCGGCGGCAAGAUCCCGAUGUGCUGGGCCGGUAUCUAUUCCAGCUCCAAGGCUGCAAUCGCACAGAUGUCGGAUACACUGCGGAUCGAGAUGGGCCCGCUGGGGGUGCGUGUCGUCACGGUGAUGGUCGGGUCUGCCAGUACAACGAUAUUCGACAAGCCUGGCGGCCAGCUCCACUUGCCCGAGACUUCAUACUACCGGUACCCCGGUAUUGAAGAGAUGGCGAACAAGCAACGGGCCGAGCACAAGAAUUCAUGCAUGUCCGUCGAUCAGCUCGCUCCGAAGCUAGUCAAAGGCAUUCUCACUGGGACCAAAGAUCCUCUCUGGGCUGGGACGUUUGCUACUGCGAAGGAUCUCGGACGCUCAUACUACGAGUCAAGCGACGUCUUUUUCCGAAUGUCGCACCUUUUUGGUCACUUCUUCUGGUUGGCCGAUUUUGUGUACAACUUGCCGCUUUGGGUGGCCCCAAAAAUCUUCCCAUCGCUCACAGAGCUGGCCAAGAAGCAACAGCAGUGGAUGGAUAUGGUAUAUGCGAUCAAAGAGUCGCCUGGUAUGUCUAAGGCCAAAGGAACCAUAUUUGAGGGGUAUUCUCAACCGGGGUUUGCCUGA